UUGAAGAUCCCUGCAGAACUUUCAUAAAUGAUAACCCCUUCGUUACAAUUUACAUUGCAAGCAUCACAAUAAGAAAACCGUGAAGAAAGUACAAAGUGUGAUUUCCAACACAUCUUAGGAACUAACCACUGAGUAUGUGCAAAAUAUAUAGGUAUAAGCCAACCUGAUUUUUGUUCUUCUCUUGGUUAAUGGGCAUUACCAAAACCAGGUCUAGCUCCGUGACCGGGCGUGAUGCGAUCAACGGUGUGUGUCGCCGGAACAAGAGGGAAAAUGUCCCAGCGUUCGUCGCCAGGGGAGUCGACCGUCGCCGUGGGCGUUUGUUCGCCUGGUACAAUCGUCUCCUCGUAUUCUUGUGAUCGUUCGUCAAUCCUCGGGUCCAACAAUUGGUAACAGACAAGAAAAGCGGUGUGCGUCACCGGAGAUGAGGAAGACGGCAUUGUGUUGCCAGACACGAAGAAGAAAGAUGGCCUUGUUCGCGCGCAGAUGAGGCAUGCAGCGGUGUUCGCUUCAAGGACGCCGUAGCGGCGGCCAUGGUGACAAAAACGACGGGAGCUGCAACAACUCCGAGAUUAUGGGUAGAUUGUUGGGAAUAACCUUGUCCUGGAUGUGUUCCGGGUGUGUUCGUGCGUGGUCGUGAGUCUGUUAGCAGGUUAGUUCGUGCAUGUAGUUGUGUCAGUUGAGUAGUGGAUGCUGGCCGAGUCAUCCGAAGGAGCCAUUCGAGGAGGUGGGCGUGCAGUGCGUGUGUGUGUCUGCUACUUACGCGGCUGUAAUCAGUUUGUGAGAUACAGUGUGUUACCGAGCAGUUUGAGCUGGGAAUAGAAAAGGCCGUACAUGCGGCAUGGCGUUGGUCGCCUGAAAAUAUCCAUUGUCCUCCUCUCCAUCUUCUACCUCUGUCCGCGACCAAGCGAGCGAGAGGGAGGGAGGGCGAGCUGGUCCGGGGUUAGUCCCAACAGUCGUUACCACGGAUUAAGAUGACCGACGACUUCAUGUAACUUACGCUAAGUCCACACGCCUCUAGCGGGCAUUUGACAAAGUUUAGGUGAAUAUUUGGCAAGGCGCAUGGGCUGCUCGGCCCAUAGACAGACCACGUUGGGAGGUGGGACCACCCAGGCUGGUCUUCGAACCCGGACGAGCUGUCAAGGCUUUCACCCGACGCCAUCGCUUAUCCAGCGGCAGUUUCCCGUUUCCGAGCUCAUCAAUGGCAAACGCCUCCGCAAGAGCCUGAGCAAUACAAGGGGCUCCAUCACCCCUCCACUCCUCGUCCAUUCCGCUGACGCCACAGCAGCGAAUUCCCCAGCGCGCCGAGCCUUCCGACCCCGGUCCGCCUGCCUCCUCCCGGACCUCCUAGCCAUGUCGGCCGCCCAGAUCAGGGCCGAGAUCAACGGCCUUAUCGCCUCCAAGUUCGCCGAGGGUACGGUGGAUCAGUAUUUCUUGCAGCUGUACGUGAUGUGGAGGUACAAGAACAUACGCAAGGGCAUGGUCGUUGAGGUCAUGGAACGCUUCCUCCAAGACGCUGACAAGAUCCUCACCGAAAUCGCCGUCUUGCUGUCGGCACCCCUCUCCCUCUGGUGUCGUCAUUCUCGUCUCUUCGGGAACCAGCCCCAGCUGGACUACGACAAGGUGGAGGGGAUCGCAGAUCAGCUCGAGGGGUGCAGCAGCAGCAGUGUUGGUGCUAAGAGAGUCAACCUCUCAUGCGUGGAGUACUUCCAUCCUGAGGCAACAACCGAAGAAGGGAACCAGAUAGUGGUGGACUUCCGCAAGGUGGACGCCCUCGUGCAGCAGCUCAAGGGGUGUAGCUCCAGUGUUGGUGCUAACAAACUGAGCGUCUCAUGCAUGCACUUCCGUCGGUUCAAUCAUUCAAAAACCAAAGAAGGGUACCUCAUUGCAUUGGCUCCUAUUAUGAAUGAGUUCUGUGAUGUGCGCAACAUGUUCCUCACCAUACUGCAGAUGGAGGAACAGGUCGAUGCCUUGGGCCCUAAGUACUAGUGAUCGGAAUAAAAAAAACAUAGCCCCAUGUUAUCCCUGGUACAAUGGGGUAUAUGUAUCUUUCAAUAUAUAGGCAAUGUUCAACGUGUGUUGACCUUCAGUGGGG